AUGUGGUUUAUGUAUUUUUUAAGUUGGGUCGGACUCAUAUUGCAGAUAUGUGUCAUUUCUUUGUCUGUUGCUGCGGGGUUGUAUUAUCUGGCUGAACUAGUUGAAGAAUACACAGUCUUUACAGCAAAAGUCAUCAAAUACAUCAUUAUUACAAUCUUCAUUGUUCACGUGGGCCUGGCAUUAUUUGAAGACUUACCAAUUAUGAUGAUUGUCUGCGGAUUCCUGGGAUGUUUGACACACUUCCUUCUCUUGCAGAAUUUUCCAUAUUUUGUCUUAUCAUCCCCAUCCUUCAUGGCUUCAGUUGUUUUUCUGUGCAUAAACCACUAUAUGGCUUUUUCAUAUUUUGCAUCUGUGUAUUAUUCGUUUGGGGAGGUUCUUGGUUACUUUACUAUUUGCUUAUGGCUCAUCCCUUUUGCGUUUUUUGUGUCUUUGUCGGCCAAUGAAUACGUCCUGCCUACUGUCUCGGAAACUCGGCCAUUAAACCCAAGAGCCGACAUGGACAAAGAUAUGGAUGUUCCACACCCGACCCAAUUUUUUGACACAUUUUUACACCUCUUUGACCUUCCCCUGAGGACCACCUGUUUACUGAUCAGGAAAAUCACCAAGGUCAAAAUAAAAAGCAGCUGCUCUCCUAGAAAAUGGACACUAAAUUGUCAUUAUGUCCGUCAUGCUCAGCAGUCAACUUGCUCUUUUUGUUGGACAGUCUGUAAAUAA